CAGACAGGGGCGUGGAUGCUGAAUCAACUCCAAGAAGUAAAUCACCCUGCUUUCAGUCCCCUGCUGGAGGAAGUCACAGCAGCAUCACAGAGCUGGUGAAACUACCACUAAACCACUGUGUUUAGGUGAAUAAGCCCACUAAAGCGGGACAUUUGACCACCUGUGAACCAUGGAAGAAGACGCGUCCCACGCCGAGCCCAGCAGCGUCUCCGGCAGCACCCACACCAUCCCGCAGCAGCUGCCCGAAAACGCGGCCGAGCUCCUUAUCCCGAGCUUCAGCCCGUCGUCCGCCCCGUCCUCCCCGACCCCGACCAGCACCCUCUCCCGGCUGGGUUUAAAGAGUCCGACCAGCCCGACCGCGGUGGCCCCGGGCAGCCCCGUCGCAGGCGGCCAGGUGAGCGCCAUCACCGUGGUGGCGCUGCUGGACAAACUGGUGAACAUGCUGGAGGCGGUGCAGGACAACCAGCAGCGCAUGGAGCAGCGGCAGGCCGACCUGGAGGGCGCCGUGCGGGUCGUGCAGGGGGACGUGACCCGCCUGUCCAAGACCCACGUUAGCACCUCCAACAGCGUCAGCAAGUUACUCGAGCGCUCCCGCAAAGUUAGCGGGCACCUGAAGGACGUGAGGGAGCGCUUGGACAAACAGGCGGUCCAGGUGAAGAAGCUGGAGGCGAACCACAGCCACCUGCUGAAGAGGAACCAUUUUAAAGUGCUGAUCUUCCAGGAAGACAAUGAGAUCCCUUCCAGCGUGUUAGUCAGGGACUCCCUCAAGACCCCACAACCAAGCCAGUAUGAUGCAGAAUCAACCCUGCCUACUCCAUCUGUCACAGGCUCUAUUGAUGGUAGCCGUGCCCAAGAGGAGGGUCUUCAGACCAUUAGCCUAUCCUCCGAUGAGGAUGAUUAUCUUGCAGAGCACCCUGACAGGGAAGAGAUGCUGGAUGUUGAGAACGCAGUGGGUUUGGGCACUUCCCACACAUUUGAGAGAAGGGCUGACAAGUUCAAGCGCUCCAGCCUGAAGAAGGUUGAUAGCCUCAAGAAGGCCUUCUCGCGCCAGAGCAUUGAAAAGAAGAUGACCCAGAUUACCACCAAGAUUGUGCCACCAGAGAAGCGUGAGAAAAUCAAGAAGAGCCUCACCCCUAACCAUCCUAAAAGCCCAACUGCCAAGAGCUCCUCCUUCAAGGUGUCUCCCAUGACCUUUAACGUCAAGAAGGUCAGAGACGGGGAGGGCUCCACACAAGAUAUGUGCUCACCUGGGGCAGAAGCCCAUGUGGAGAUUCCUGCACUGGGAAGCUUAGAUGGAGAGAUUCCCUUGGCAGAGGUGCAUACACAGGAAGGUGUUUUUGAGGAGAUUCAGGAGAUUCUGAAUCCCUCCACCCCAGAUAGCAUGAAGGCAGAGCUGGCAAUCAAUGGAGAGGCACCAAGCAUUGAGUGCGAGAUCAAUGGUGAUCGUUGCGCUGGCCUGGCAGUUCCAGAGAAUGAUGAUGAUGUUGGCGAGGAGGAGGAGGAAGAAGAGGAACAAGAAAAAGAAAAACACAAAAGCCCUGUUGAAACAGAAGCAGAUACCCAGAUUCCCACAGCAACUACUGCAACAAUUGCUGUAGAGCAAGUGUCUUAAUAUGAUUCAGAUUUUAGUGAACAUCGAUUCUAGCUUACCAUUAUUUCUUUUCUUCCUAAAGUUCCUACAUUUAUGAACACCCAGCAGACUCAAAUUAUCCCUCCAUUGUAAACAGUUUUUCAUAAAACACCCAUAUACACUAGAAAUAUACUCUCGGCUUACUAAGGUUGUCCACCCUUGAACCAUUCCUGCAACACUUUGAGUGUCACCAGCAUAGUCUAAAUACCUGGACUGCCUACGCAACUAGACUUCACAGUAUCCCAGAAUCCGAAUCCAGUGCAAGUGCUUCCUAAACCCUGUAGCAGGGUUGUCCAAAGAAAGCAACAUUGCAGCAAUGCACCAUAACUUACUCCCAUCAACUGGAGCCCACCUCUUCAAUAGCAGCACAUCUCCAGGGCGCUGGGCCAACUAUCUCUCUCCUGCUGUGUUUAUCUGUCUCUGGAGCUCUUUUCCUCACUGACAGAUAGCCUCUUUGUUCUUUGUGGGUUUUUUUUUUGUGAAAAAUAGUAAAUCUUUGGCUAUAGUGGUACUGCCCACAGCCGGUUGAGGCAGUGUGUUGCCAGGUUGUGCAAGAGUUGGAAUGGGAAGUUUCUGGGUUUUCAGCAAAAAGGUCCUGGGUUGUUUUGUUGUGAACUACAGGUUGCUUACUGAAUUGGACUGGACCUGUGCUGAAAAAGCCCAGAUCUUAACUAACAGGUGACUUUAAUUUAGUAGUCUGAGUGGUGUUGUCUUGCCUCCUGUCCUUCACCUGAACUUGUCAGAUUGUUUGUUACUUCUAUAGUGAGCUCCAAUUCAUCUUUAAUGACCUAGUAAUUUGUGACUGCCAAUUGAGUAAGUAACAAUAAACCUCCAGGUGCUGAGAAUUAGAAUAGAUGUCAUGAAAAUGAAUCGAACUAAUCAAUACCAUGAGAAUGGUAAAAGGUAAAAUUGUUUGCAAGUACCAUUUAACAUGUUUGUGCUCAAUCACAAUGAUGCAAAUGAAGGACAUCAUUGCGGGAUAGAAGCUGCUCUAGAUGGCGAGAAAAAUAAGUGAGUGACUCAAAGAACAGGUUUUAACACUGACUAACUUUCCCUUUUUGCAGCCCUUUGUCUUUCCUGCAGGGCAACUUUGUAUGUUUAUGUACAGGAAUUAUUUUGUCUUUUUCUAUGUGAGGCAUAUUACUCUCUAGGAAUUUACAGCUUAUACACCAUAAAUUAGUAACUCUAUGAUUACUGCCUUGAGUGUGUGUACGUUAUACAAUAAAUGUUGUAUAUGUGAAUUUUUUUUCUUUGAGUUACUAUGUGAUACUUGGGUGUUUGUAAGCCGUCUCUUUCUUUCAGGUAUCCAUAACUUGCAUGGUGAAAUGUUUACUCAGUUUCAUGUGUUUAGACAUAAAUGCUAUCGUAUACAUUUGCCAGGCCACCAUCACUUACCCCCCCUCCUCCUAUAUACAUGCACACACAUACUCCUACAGUGCCUUUACCUUGCACAUGCUGGUAUCAGUAAUUGCACUCCAGAAGGGAUGGAUUCCUGUGUUUUGUAGAUAAGAGAGCGUUUAAAACAGGCCUGAUUUUUUCUCUCUCUCUCUUCUGAGGAAUUCCUUGCAGCUGUCACUGUAUGAGGCAUAGUCAAGAAACAGAGAAAGUUUUAAGUUCGAAGGAGCUGCAAAUACAUUCACAAUCAACUUCAUAAUUUGAGGUCAUGCUGAAAGUUUCUAUAAAGUGACCUUCCUCUUGUUGCACAUUGUUAGUGCUUUCCCAGCCUAGGUUACAGCUGUCCAAUGCCAUGACUCCCCAAAAAUAAUUUAGCAACUGAUACCAGGUGCCAAGGAUCCAGAUACUAGAGAGGUCACAGAAGUGAAUAAAGGCAGAGGACAGCAUUUCUAGCUUUGACGGAUGACUCCUGCUCAGCCCAUUUUUCAUGCUCUUGGCCUCCUUGUUGAGACCGUGCAAAAAGGGGAAGAAGCUCUCUGGAGCCACAGGUGUUCUGCCCCUGUGGAGGCUCCUGGGCAUGAGCUUGUAGUGGAAGGGGGACAAGUGUGGGUGUUGCGAAGUGUUGGAAAGGACUUCAGGUGUUGGAAAGGAUGAUAAAGUUGCCUUGGGGUUAUGCAUAUGUGCAGCCUGGCAGAAAGGUGUUAAAAUUGUGAGAGUCUCAAAUGCAAUUGAGCGUGGGAACUGAAAUAUGUUGUGGGGUAUACAUAAUAUAAUCUAACCUAUACCCCACUACAUUCAUUAUACUUUCUUUUAGAUGAGGUAAAACAAUGGAUUUUUAACUUCUUUAACUACUUCUUUAAUUCUUUAACUCAAAAUAUAGUGCCCUAAAUAUGUUGAUGUCCUAACUAUGCAAGAAAAUGACUUUAUUGAGGUCUAGUGGAAACAGGAGAAAAGCCGUGCACAUGAAAUAGCAGAAAUAUUUUCAACAGUAGUUGACUUUAAAGCCUUAGAGUCCUUCAUGCCUUACAAAAAUGAACAUUGUUCAGUGGGAUCUUUAAUAAAUAAUUUGACAUACAUGAUUUUAAAUAACUUUACGUUAUCUUUGCUUAGUUAUUCUGAAGAUUUUUUUUCUUUUGAAUUCUUUUUUGUAUAAAUCAUCUUACUGAAAAGGGAUUGAAUACUAGGCUCGUGUACCUUCUGUGUACAGUAGAGGUUCAAAUGUGACUGCCUUUAAGGUAUUUUCUGCUUAUUCGUGCAAAUGUCUGCUGAUUAUAAACAUGUAAUAGGCAUAUCUAGAUUUGUGUAUGUGUGUAAAAGUCUGUUUUUAUUUGUCGUGAAAUCAAACAGUUAAAUUUUGGAUAAUAUAUGAGAAAUUUUUUUGUUGGAAAGUUGAAACUCCACGUUUACUACAGCGUUGUCAGGUAGUGUUUAACAUCAUCUUUGUUCAUACAAAGUUUUUACUGUCAUGGCCAUUUAGUUAAUAACUUAAACCAAAGACGUUUCCAUCACAGAAAAAAAGAUUCCCUGCCACUUGAGUGUUUAAAUGUACUCCUGACACUUGUUUCAAGCAUCUUGUAAACAUGCAGGCAUUUCCUUUUAAAAAUGUAGUAUUGUAUACAUCAAUAAAGAUUUUAUAACAUUCAA